GCGAGGGGGGUUGGCGGUUUGCAGGCGAUUAAAGGUAGUGUGCCUCCUCGGAAACAGACCUGGAGUCAGUUGAGCGUCAGCGUGUUGGUGGGAGGGGGGGGGGGGGGUCCGCUGUGUUUUGUUGUCACGGGACGAUGCGCCACAAAGAGGCCAAAAAAAAGUAAACACAAAUGCGAGGUGGGAGAAGCUAGUGGCGACAGGGAUGCGACAGCAGGAAGCAGCUUGACGUCCGUCCCCGUCCCCCGGAGACAGAGUCACGGACACGUCCUCUUGGAAGACAUCUAACGACAACACAGGGAGGAAGGCGGGAAAGAUGGAGACGCUUUGUUUCCGGUUGCCGGGUCACGGGGACAAGACCCUGAAGCACAUGAAUUCCCUGAGGUUCCGCCAGCAAUUCUGUGACAUCACCAUUGUAGCCAGCAACAACCAGACCUUCAAGGGACAUAAAGUGGUGCUCGCUGCCUGCUCGCCUUUCCUGAGGGACCAGUUCCUCCUCAACCCGUCCCCGAGGCUUCAGGUGUCGAUGCUGUAUAGCGCUCGGGUUGUGUGUGAUCUGCUCCAGUCCUGCUACACCGGCACACUGCAGUUUAACCCAGAGGAGAUCGUCAACUACCUGACGGCUGCCAGCUAUCUGCAGAUGGAGCAUAUUGUGGAGCACUGCCGGGGAGCUCUGAAGAAGUACAUCCAGUUAAAGAACCCCAGUCCGCCAAGGGCGACUGCAGAGGAGAGUCUGUCUCAGCCAGUGAUUGUCAGUGGCAGCAUUUAUACCAUGGCAUCACCCCCCACCAGCCGGCCUUCCCCUGUGGACCCACACAGUCCAGCAGGACGAUCGAUGGAGGACAACAGCGGGGACAUGUCCGCUCAGGGCAGCAGUCAUCACCACGAAGACAGUCCGGUUCUGGAUGACCCAUGUAUUAAGGUUAAUGCAUCAGACGAGGAGGAAGAGACCAGACCAGAGGACUUUGAUGUGUUUAGAGUUUAUAUCUCCGAAGAGGAGCAGAUGAACAGGAACAGGGAGGAGGAGACGGGAGCUCCCACCGAUGGACCUCAAGAUGCUUGUUACCCAGAGACAGAUGAUGUUGUGAUGGGAGGAGAAGGCAGUGAAUACGAAUUGGAUCAUACCAAAGUGGAUCUCAGCGCUGGGGGCCUUUCAAUGGAGGGUCUCCGUGCUUUCAGACGCAGACUUUCCGACCCUAAAAUUGGACGGGGCAGAGGGGGUGGCAGGGGGAGGGGUUUAAAGAGGAGAAAGUGGGCGUCGUCUCAAGAGAAAAGACCUCUGGGCAUGGCUCACCAACAGGAUCUGUGGUACAUGGCCACGGCUGGACUUGGAGGGGGUAUUGGGCUGGACUUCAACCAGGAAGGGAUGAAGACAGGAAGUUACUUACCAGUUGACCUCCCACAGUUAGACUUCAGUGUGGGUGACACUCAGGCAGAAAAUGUGUCACCACUGGGAGGCAGCAGUUUGAACCAGUAUUCUCUGGAGGAGUCGAGCAGAGGCGCUGGUGAGGGGAGUUCAGGGCUGACGAAUGAAGGAGGGGACGAGUCCGUCGCAGUGGUGGGGUCCACGUCCAGCGUGUCAGGGCCUGUAAUAUGUGAGCACUGCGGCAUGACUUUCCCCUCCUCUCACUCUCUAGCCGUCCACUCCCGCUCCACGCACUUGCUGUACGUCUGCCCCUGCUGCGGCAAACACUUCCACCACUCGGCCAACUUCACCCGGCACAUGGCCGUGCACCGGGGGGCCGGCAAAACCCACCAGUGCCCCUUGUGUUAUAAGACUUUCACUCAAAAGUCCACACUCAUAGAUCACAUGAACCUCCACAGUGGCGAGCGCCCACACCACUGCGCCUACUGCCACGCCCGCUUCGCUCACAAGCCCGCUCUGCGGCGCCACCUGAAGGAGCAGCACGGAAAAACCACCGGGCAGAACUCCCUGUAUGAGCAGGAGGAGAUUGAGAGGGCGAGAGGGGCAGCUGGAAGAAUACGAGAGGAGGAACAAGAAUGUCUGGUGACUGAACAAGCGUCAUAGGCCAACUUUUUUAAACACAAUAAAUUGUUUCAUCUAAGGUGCUGUCCAGUGGAGAAAUCACUGACUUUGAGGCCUUUUUAAAAUCACUGACUGUGAAAAUGAAAGACCCUAUCACAUGAAAUGUUUAUAGUGAUGGACGUGGGUUUAGACGGAGCCAAAGCAGAGCAGGAUGAUCAUUGUAGGAAAAGUAAAGGUGGUAUGAGAAUAACAGCAGCUCUGAAUCUGAACUUUAGAGGGACCCUGAAACUGAGAAGAGAAAUGGAAUCCAGCCGCUCUCAGUUUCAUUAGACUGUGCUCUUCCUUCUGUGACAUGUCAUAGUGUGCCCACUCAUUUUAAUGUUUGUAAGAAUAGAUAAAUUCAUAAUAUGAUCUUAAACUUGAAUCUCAGUUGAACAUUAGUGUUUGUGAACAACAGUGUUAUUACCGACCACAGUUAGGAGUGUAAAUACAUGAAUUCAAAUGUCUCUUCUCCGUUAGAUGUUAUUAACUUCCUGACAUGGCCCAGUGCACAUGAAAGCAGCUACACAGCCACAGUCCUCCCACACGUGUUUCCACUGAUUAGACGUCUUAUCAAAACUGUGACUGUGGUCGACAGACUUUGUCGUUUGUGCCUGAGGGGGGGCAGGAUGGUUAACACCAUCAACGUUAUUUCUACACGGAUUACAGUGCAUCAACUAGUUUCUAAUGGAUUAUUUGAAAACACUACUGUUAAAUACACAAAGACCUUUUAUAAAACAAGGUGUCAAAGAAAUGUUCAAGGCUCCUUAGAAACCUGAUUGAAUCAUCCAGACCAGGAGAUAUCACUCGAUGCACAUUAAAAGUUUGUGUUACACUGAACACAUUACUGGUAGAACCAUGUCAAAAAUACAGUCAUGAACUGAAUGAUGGUUUCAUUUGGAGUAUAUUUUAUAUGCUCGUAGGUUUUAUAGAUUUUAGUCUAAGCAUAGGACCAUAUAACUGUCAGUUAAAGCCAUAUACACGUACCUGCUCCCCCUCAUGGCAGUUUACACUCUCAUAUCCACAUGUCAAAAGGAACAGACCAGUCUAAUCUUCUGUGCUUAUUUGAUUUUUUUGUGACCCUGACAAAAACUUAAAAAGCUAAAUGUUUCCUUUGGGACAUAACUCGUUAGAAGGUAAAAGUCUCAUGUUGUGCCUGUUUCCAUCAAAAACAUUGAAAAUGCUGUGAUUGUUUGUUUUCUUAGCAACUGUUGAAAGCCACAAGAUCUGUAUACAGUCAAUCAGACUGAGCCCAACACUUGUUUUACACCUGCCUUAAAAAAAGAAAAACACUGGGAUGAACUGUGCGGUUUUAAUGUUUGUGUUUAUUUACACAUAACCUGUAGUUAUCUGCAGCUCUUUCCUACACUUGACACUGUACUCUACCAUGCUGCCUAUGGUUAUUGUAAUUUACAGAAGCCGUGAAUAUCUGAACGCUUGUUUGUGCAUUAGAGGUUGAAAACAAUUAGGGAUUGAUGUUGGAUAUAUUUCCCACUUUGACUGUCUUUUUGAUAAUGAAUGGAAUUCUCAUUCAGGGUGACGGUGUAUGGAUACUAUUUAUUUUGCUCCAUAUCAACACUUGGGUUUUAAGCUGUCACAAACCGCAUCACAUACAAAUCAUGUGAAAUACACUUUUUAUUCUCCAACAGGCUACAGAUGAUUUGUAUUCACCCGACAACUAGCACCAUAAACAACUCAGAAACAGUUUGUUAAAACAAAUGUGCCAAAAUACAAAAACAAAUCUUUUCUUCAUCAAAUCUUCAUCAGAGGAAAUCCUCACUGUACACGACCUGGUUCCUCUUGUCCCUGUAGGAGCCUUUAGUGCUGUUCUGCACCGCUGUGAAAGGAGAGAGACGGUGGUGAAGGUUAGUCCGCGCUGUGCAGUCUGAUCAUUGUCCAAACAAACAAUAACAGUGCGGCGCUUACCCAAUGAAGCCCACACUGAUUUGCCGGUGGCAGCGUCCAGCAUGGGCUGCUUCCUGGCGAUGCUGACUUUGAUGUGAACGUCUCCAACCGUGCUUCCGUUCAACUGUGAGACGAAAACAGGGAGGUUGAUUUCAUGUACAGUCUAAAUGAGCUGAGCUUCCUCAAAACUACAGUAAAACUAAAUAUUAUAAAUGGACGUUAUGAUGCUUAUAAAUUCAAUUAAAGAAAUUACCUUGGGCAUGAAAGUUCAUUCUAAACUGGGACUAUUAGAAAAAAUAUUUUUGGUGUAAAAUGAUAUACAUUUAAUAAUAUUAAUGUGAAUGUAAGUUUAGUGUCCUGAGGGAUUUAAUGUAUAAUUACGAAUUACUCACUUUAAUUUUAACAUAUAACCUAAAAUAUAUAAUGUACAUAUUAUAAAUAUAAAAACUACUUCAUACAUUUUACUGUUAAAGAGCUUGGUGAGUAAAAGUAUCACAGAAACUAUUAUGAUAUAUGACUGAAUUCAGAACAUGGAAAAAAAGUGUUGCAUAUUCUGUGAACAAAACCAGCAAAAAGCACUGAUAUAAAUUAAACUAAGAAAGAUUCACAGAAAAAGGUUAAUAUAACAGAUUGAGAACCUAAACAUAUCUGCUCAUUUAAGUACUGUACUGAGCUAUGCCUUUAGGUUUUAUGACAUGAAAUGAGGUUAGAUAGAAAUGCUUAAUCGAGUCUCUCACUUUUAUACAUUUAUUGCCACUGCAUCAUUUUUUUUUUAAGUCAGCUGUCUCACUGCUCUGAAUCUGUCUGAACUUUGACAAAUCCUUCUUUUUGGUUGUUGCUUCGUUUUAGAAAAUUAAAAACAUUGUUUAUAGAGGGAGGA